AUGAAAUAUAAUGGGCUUGAAAUCAAACUCACUCCAGAAGCUGAAGAAGUAGCUACAUUUUAUGCUGCAUUAUUAAACACGGAUUAUGUAAAGAAUGAUACUUUCAACGAAAACUUCUUUAAAGAUUGGCAAGUUAUCUUGGAAGAAUCUGAAGAAAAUCCACUAAUUGAGGAUUUUGAAAAAUAUGAAAAGACCAGAGUUGAUGAAUUUUAUGGUUAUCGUUACUUAGAUGGAUGUAAAGAAAAAGUUGGUCGUGGUGUUCAUCCUAAAACUGGUUCAUUGAAGUCAAGAGUCACCCUCAAGCAAAUAACAAAUAAUAUCAGUAAAUAUGCACUUAUCCCUCCUCCACCUGCUGGGGUGGUAUUCUACUUGAUAACACAGUUACCUGGCUCACCACCUGGAAGGAAAAUACUCUGUUCAGUUUGUCAAUGUGCUACAGCUAUGUGUCUUAUUGACAGGCUUGCACUAAGAGCAGGAAAUGAAAAAACUGGUGAAGAAGCGGUCAGACGUGGAAGAGGAAUGGAUAAUCGAGCAUGA